CCCCGAGGUAAAGGAAAGAACGGUGCACAGGACCUAGGAAAAGACAGAGCCGGGACCGCAGGGAAAAGUCGCAGACGCAGAACUGCCUUCACCAGCGAGCAGCUCCUGGAGCUGGAGAAGGAGUUCCAUUGUAAGAAGUACCUCUCCCUGACUGAGAGGUCUCAGAUUGCCCACACGUUGAAGCUCAGCGAGGUCCAAGUCAAAAUUUGGUUUCAGAACCGCAGAGCCAAAUGGAAACGCAUCAAAGCUGGGAAUGUCAACAGCCGUGCAGGAGAACCCGUCCGCAACCCUAAAAUUGUGUGGUGCCCAUCCCUGUGCAUGUUAAUCGUUUCACCAUCAGGACACAACAGAUGGAGGGAUCACGACCGUAAUAUUGGUAAUUAA